GCUAGGACUUGGUGACUCCCACCAUUUAGGUCUGGCUUCAGCAGAGGGUGUUUGCCUCUGCUGAAGUACACCAGGAAGUCCACCUUUGGCUUUGCCCUAUGCAGCUAAGGAGGAACUUUGGGCAAAAGAAUGAUUAUUAUUCCUUAAUUAAGCUAUAUGCGCUUAAAUAGCAUAUUCUGCAAUUCAGUUUGUCUCUUGGGAUUCUUUUUUUGUGCAGCAGUUUCUCUUCUGAUAUUUUUCUAUUUUUUAAAUGAUUUUAAAUUAUUUUAUGACCCAGAAAAGAAGAGAUUUCAUUUUAGGGCUGAUUCUGAUCUGUUCUGCCGGUGCUUUUUUUCCCUCUGCAGGGAAAUGUCUUUGUACAGUCAAAAUCUCUGCUGUUGCUCAAAUUAAUAAGGUCAGGUCUGAAGAGACGAUGACAACGUUUUCCUUUCCUGCACAGUUUAAGCAUGUUAAUUUUUUUGUAAUUUAUGGCCAAACCUGUGCAACAGCUAUUUUUGGCAGGAACCUGUAAGAUCUCAACCUUUGCACAAGCCUUUUGGUAUUAAUUGCAUUGUCAGGGGUCUAUUCCUAAAAUGAGACUAGUCAGAGAAAUAGCAGUUGUUUCUGCUUUUUCUCCCUGGCAAAUUCAACUGUACUACACAUUACUGCAAUUCUUUUUUCUAUUGAAAGGGCUAUCUGAUUCCUCUCUGUGGGCUGCUCCUCCACACUGUAGUUUUAAGUCUAAAUAUAAUCUCCUUCCCACAGAGGAAAUGUGCUUUUUUAAAAAGAAUAUUGUAAAUAGUUUUAGAAAUGCAGAACUGUGAAACUUGCUUUAAGAGAUACUAUUGAUGCUAGAGAAAUUGGCUGGGCAGGCUGCAUGGCAGUUACAAUUUUUUUAAUGGGUAUUUUUCAUGUGUUGGAUCCACGUUUUUGGCUUUCUUCUGCAAGGGAGAUGGAAAAUGUUGGAACUGCUGGAAGUAUUUUGUGUUUAUUUUGCUAGCUAACCCAUUUGCAACCAGUUAUUCCAAAGGCAACCAUGUUGAUAUUCUACCCUAGCAGAGGUUGUCCAUCAUGUGGGUCUAGGGGUGAUGGGCUGAGCCUUGGGAAGGAUUUUCAGAAGAGCUGACAAAAAUGAUGAUGGGAAGCUGUCCCUGGAGGAGUUCCAGGCCUUUUUUUCUGAUGGGACACUCAACGAAGAAGAACUUGAGAAGCUCUUUCAUACCAUUGACUCAGACAACACCAAACUAUUUUGCUGACCAUAUGGGAGACUACGAAGACGUCCUGGCCUCACUGGAGAUGCUGAACCUCUCCAUCCUGAAGGCAAUGGACUACACCAAACGCGUGUACGAGAGUGGCAGCAACGUUGACCAAUUUGUGACCCGCUUCCUGCUGAAGGAGACUGCAAACCAGACCCAGUCGCUGCUGAGCUCUGUGGAGAGCGCCGUGGAUGCCAUCGAUGAGCAAACCAACCCUGCCAGGCACUACCCCAGCAAGAUGGGCCACAGUCUGAUGGAGACCUGGUAUGACAGCCCUGUGCCCAGCUACUCUCCCACCAGCUGGAUGGUCCCCAAGGAGCAGGGGAAGACCUUCCAGAGUGGUUCUCCUGACGCCAAGGUGGAGGGGCUGGAGGGGCAGAUCAACAGGCUGGCCGAGCUGAUUGGCAGGCUGGAGGACAAGACCCUCUGGUUUGACCUGCACCAGCGGCUGUCAGACAGCGAGAGCACGGCUUGCACGUACCUCCUCCUGGUGCGGAAUGAGAUGACAGUGUCGCACAAGCAUCUGGGCGAGUUCUGCAGCUCCCUGAAGCAGUACCUGAAGAGCGUGGCCGGGGAGCGGGACUGCUUCCAUGUCACCGCAGUGAAGCUGCCCGAUGGGGUCACCUUCAUCAUCUAUGAGUUCUGGGAGACUGAGGAGGACUGGAAGAGGCACUUGCAGAGUGCCAGCUGCAAGGGCUUCCAGCAUGUCAAGGUGGAUACGCUGAGCCAGCCCGAGGCCAUCUCCAGCGUGGCUGUGCCAGCUGCCUGGUGCACCCUGACCCGAGAGUGACCACCGGUGCCUACCCUGCUGUGGGGUGGCCGUGACCCCUGCAUGGGUCAGUGUGACCUGUCUGCAGUGAAGGAAACCCCUGUGUGUGUCCCCAGCACUCCAGAGUCCCCCCCCCCAGCUACCCCAUCACCUGGGUCACCUCUCCCUGGAGUGGGGUGGGCUGUGGGGGGAUUCCUCCCACAGGGUUUGGGGGGCUGUAUCCCAGGGCAUGGGUGAGCAGGGAGUGGGAGCUGGUGAUGAGGAGCAGGGGUGGGAGCAGGAGGCUGAAGCCCCCCCAGGAGGUAAAUUGGGGUCCCCCUAGUACCCAGAGGAGAAGGCUGUGCCUGUAGGGAUAGGGACCCAUGAUGGGGGGGGGGGUGUCAAGGUGGUGGCGAAGGGGAGUAUCCCUGCUCCUGGGGUGCCCUUUAGUUCUGUGGGGUGUGGGUAGUCCCAAGGGGUUUCCUUCAUGGUGGCAGUGGGUGCCUUGUAGAUGUGGGGAUCGAUGCCCCCCCUUCCUGGGGUCUGUACUUCUGUCUGUGUGUCUGUCUGUGCAUGUGAGGAGCUCACUGCCCAUCCUGCCCCCACCCCACCUUGUGUGGGGGUCCCUCGGGGUGCGUGGCACAGUGCCCUCACCAAUUCCCUCUCUUGUCUUUAUUAGCUUCUGUACAAUGGGGAUGGUCAUGCCAAAUAAAACCAUGAUGAGAUCCAGCA